GUUCAUUGAAUUGACGUCGGCUGAUUUGCGCACCGUAAUCCGAACAAUCAACUGUGUAGAAGCGAUUAAUUGUUCGUUAAUUGUGAGUUCUAUUAAAUAAUCUUUAAAAUGGAUGAAGAAUACGAUGCGAUCGUUCUGGGUACCGGCCUAAAAGAAUGUAUUUUAAGUGGAAUGUUAUCGGUAUCGGGCAAGAAAGUACUACAUGUCGAUCGAAACAAGUACUACGGCGGGGAGUCGGCCUCGAUUUGCCCCCUUGACGAACUUUUUUCAAAAUUUGGUGCACCUCCACCGGACGAGUCGUAUGGACGCGGCCGCGAUUGGAACGUAGAUUUAAUUCCAAAAUUCCUUAUGGCAAAUGGCCAAUUAGUUAAAUUACUCAUACAUACCGGUGUUACACGUUAUUUGGAGUUCAAAUCUGUUGAGGGCAGUUAUGUGUACAAAGGGGGUAAAAUAUCCAAGGUGCCGGUCGAUCAGAAAGAAGCUUUGGCCUCCGAUUUAAUGGGCAUGUUCGAGAAGCGAAGAUUUCGCAAUUUCCUAGUUUACGUUCAAGAUUACGCCGAGCAAGAUCCUCGGUCGUGGAAAGAGUUCGACGCGCAAAACCAAACUAUGCAAGAACUGUAUGAAAAAUUCGGUUUAGAUAAAAAUACGCAAGACUUUACCGGGCACGCUUUAGCUUUGUAUAGGGAUGAUGAUUAUUUGCAGACUGCGGCGAUUACUACCAUAAGGCGUAUUAAGUUGUACUCUGAUUCUUUGGCACGCUAUGGAAAAUCUCCUUAUUUAUAUCCGAUGUAUGGCUUGGGAGAACUUCCACAAGGUGGGUACAUGUAG